GCGGAAGUAGAUGACGCCAUAAAUCAUAAUUGAAUUGAGUGUUUUUAAUCUUCAAUAAUGGAAGUUUAUCUUUAUAAUUCUACAGUUUGCAGACUUUGUGGAGAAGAAAAUGAUAAUGGAACAUUAUUAUAUACUAAUGAGGAAUAUAAUCAAGAAUUAAGUGAAACAAUUAAUACGUAUUUGCCACUUAAGGUGUCUGAUGAUGGACAGCUACCUCGGACGAUUUGCCCUGGGUGUACUAUUCAGGUUGAGGCAACAGUAGAAUUUUUCAACCUUAUUAUUAAAGGACAGAAAAUAUUACGCGACUUACAUGAAAGAGAAGUAGAAUAUAGAAAAAGUAUUACAAAAGAAAUUCCUGAUACAGAAGUUAUUGCUGAAAAAAUUGUUUAUGAAAUAAAUACAAGUGAUGGAAUUUACCAUGUGGAGCAUCCAAUCAGCCUGCAGAUGGCGGGCUUGGAUAAGCCCAAGAGGAAAAGAGGUCGGCCCUCUAAGAAGCUCAAGACUCCCGAAGAGCUGGCUCAGGAGGCAGUCGCCGCCGUGGCGGCUAAAGAGGAGGAAGCCCGACAACAGGCUCAACGGGCUCAGGAAGAAAGUCAUGGGAAGAGAAGGAGAAAGAUGCCUACAAGGUUGAAAGGAGCCGUGCAGGGAAGGGAGCUCGAAAAGAUAUUCAUAGAAGAGGGCGUCAUAGACAGAGCGGAGUGCGACCCGGACGCCGCGGCGACCGAGGAGGACGGCGCUCCGACGGAGCCGGAGGUGAAGACCAUCGGACACGUCGCCUCCUCCGGGGAGCCGGUGGUGGUCAACACGCGCAAGGGCCGCGGCAGGCCCAAGGGAGCCGUGCGAGGCGCCGGGCAGCCGUCGCAGUGCGCCCUCUGCGGUCUGCGCUUCGCCUCCGCGGGCCGCUACAUGUCGCACUUCGCGUCGCACCAUCGCGACCCGCUCUCCGACCCCAAAAGCCCGAACAGACGACCACCGACGCCAGAGGAGCGAGAGCCUUCCAUGCCGAUCCCCAUCGAGAUGAAGGAAGAUCCGGACGCGCAACUGAACAAAGAAGCCGACGGAGCCAAUGCGGAGGAACCGCGUCCUCCGACGGAUCCGGCUCGGGAGGACAGCGAGGAGGAGGAAGGGGAGCCCUCGGGAGCUGGUAAAAAGCAAUUCAAGUGUCCCCAGUGCGAUAAGAAGUUCAGCAGCAAACAGAGCAAGUCCAUGCACAUAAAGGCCGUGCACCGCGGGGAGAGGCCCUACCGGUGCCUGGAGUGCGGGCUCUUCUUCGCCUACCCUCGCUCGCUGGCCCUGCACACCCUGGCGCAUCGCAGGAGACGCGCCGCCGCCGACGCCGGAUACGCCUGCGACGUCUGCCACAAGGUGCUGAGCCAUCCGUCGUCCGUGACGUACCACAAGCAGGCGGCGCACGGAGCGACCCAGUACGUGUGCGGCCAGUGCGGGAAACGCUUCCACCAUCGCCAGCUGCUGCAGAGGCAUCAGCUCGUGCACUCCAAGCGGCGGCCCUUCGACUGCGAGAUUUGUUCGGCGACGUUCAAGACGAAGGCCAACCUGCGCAACCACCUGCAGCUGCACUCCGGGGUCAAGAAGUUCUCGUGCGAGGUCUGCCACCAGCGCUUCUCGCACCAGACCAGCCUCACGCUGCACAUGCGCUGGCACACGGGGUCCAAGCCCUACUCCUGCGAGACCUGCGGCAAGAGGUUCAGCCAGAAGGGUAACCUGUCGGAGCACGAGCGCAUCCACACGGGCGAGAAGCCGUUCGCCUGCCCCCUCUGCCCCCGCCGCUUCACCACUUCGUCGCAGAGGCGCCUGCACGCGCGCCGGCACGGGAACGACACGGCGAAGAGGAUUCCGGCGCUCCGGCUCGGCCCCGAGCGGCCGACGGCGGCCCCGGCCCCGGAGCCCCCGAGCGACGACUCGUUUCCAGUCGGCGAGAAGGUGAUUUUGGUGAGCAAUCAGGAAGUGGGCGGCGACGUCAUCUACGUGACGUACGAGGCGUCCGACGCGUCCGCCUUCCGCGUCGUCCACCCGCGACAGGUACGACCGUCGUCCGGCGACCCGCGUCGGCCCCGUCGACGCGGGUCGCUCGAGUCCUCGAGUUGUGUUCGCAGGCGGAGGAGGCGGAGGAGACGGCGGAGGCGGUGGAGGCGGAGCUGGAGAACUGCAAGGUGGCAUCCACUUGCGAGUCGCCGGUCGACCGACUGGACUCGCUCCCGAUCCCGCAGGUCGGUAUUUUAUGUCACCAGUGAAGUUAGGCCAAUCGAAUACGAUCGAAGCACGUCCGUGGCGUUCGCAGAUCGCCGGAGACGACGCGGGCGGCGGUCCUCUGCGCCUGCGCAUGCGAGACGGCUCCGUGCUCGCCGUCACCUCGCUCGACGGAGAGACUCUGCAGAUCCUGACGCAAGACGGCCAGACGAUUCCGGUGGAGGUGAACGGGUACGACGAGGCCGCGGAGGGCGUGGCGGCGAGCGAAGGGGCGUCGAGCGAGCUCGAGGUCGACGGGGCCGAGUCCGCUCGGUACUUCACCAUCGUGUAGACUGUAGACGGACGCCCCCGUGAUAUUAGAUUCGUUAACGUUCUAUUUAAUUACAAAUUAUUAAUAUGAAUAAGAAGAGAUCUCGUUAAUUUAUAUAAAUAAUAAUUGUCAAUAAUAAUUAAUGUCAUGUCUCGCUCUCUCUCAUUUUAUGUCAAAUACAAAAUGUGUCCUGGUUUUAGAAUGCUUAAGAGUAAUCAAUGUAUUUAAUUUAAUCAAAAAGUGAUUUUUCUUGA